UUUGGGAAGUUGUUGUUAGAUGUCGCUGCUUUUUUCACAACUCGGGUGGUGUUGGUCAAAAAUCCACCAGGGAUAGAAGUUAAAUAAAAUAAGAACAAUGGCCAACUAUUUAUUACGUCGUGCUAUAAUAGACGCUAUUCGUGUCCCAGUGGGCACCAGAGCAUCCAGUGAGCUGGCCAAGAUUGGCAACCGUGAAUGGGUGGGCUAUGGCUACAAUGGCCAGCCGACCUACGUAGACAGGCCUGACUUCCCUCUACCCGCUGUCAGGUUCCGCCCUGACACACCUGAUGUUAAGGUUCUCCGUGAAAAGGAAAGGGGUGAUUGGCGUAAACUGACUUUAGAGGAGAAGAAAGCGUUGUACCGCGCUUCUUUCUGCCAGACGUUCGCAGAGUUCCAGGCUCCUACUGGAGAGUGGAAGGGAGUCGUCGGCUGGUCUCUUGUGUUCAUCUCUCUAUCUCUAUGGGUUUACAUGGGAAUGAAAUUGUUCGUGUACAGUCCUCUGCCGGCGUCGUUCGACGAGGACGCGCAGAAGGCCCAGCUGAAGAGGAUGCUGGACCUCAAGGUCAACCCCAUCGAUGGACUUUCCUCCAAGUGGGACUAUGAGAACAACCGCUGGAAGUAAACUAUGGUGUAGCGCUUUCUGGUUACUGAGACUAGAGUAGACAAUUGUAUUAUAAGCGAAAUAAAUCUAUAAGAUAAAUGUGAUUCCAAUAAA